AUGUCUGUUUCGUUACCGGAAUUUCCGCAGUUUCGAGUGUCUGGAGAGAAGAAUCUUGGUGUUAGGUGGAAAGAAUAUGUAUCCAAAUUAGAGAACUUAUUUAUUGGAUUAAAUAUUGAAAGUAAAAAACGAAGGAAAGCGUUACUUUUACAUUAUGGUGGCGAUGAAAUUUAUGAUAUCGCGGAAUCACUUUCUACAAAUAGUGAAGAACUCGAUUAUGACACGUUAAAACAAAAGCUGAAUGGAUAUUUCAAUCCAAAAUCAAACAGAGAGUUCGAGACAUAUGAAUUCAGGAAUAUGGUGCAAGAACACUGUGAAACCAUAGAUCAGUUUGUGACUAGACUAAAAACAAAAGCAAAAUUUUGCGAAUUUAGCGAUUCCGAAAGGGAAGUAAAAUCUCAGUUGAUUCAAGGGUGUAGAUCAAAUGAACUACGCAAAAGAGCAUUGAGAGAUGAUUAUUCAUUGAAUGAUUUACAAAAGUUUGCAAGAACAUUAGAAAUAUCAGAGUCACAAGCUACAGAAAUAGGAAAGAAAGUACAAACAAAUGGACAAACAGCUUCUGUUGAUAGAGUAAAAUCAAAACGUACACCAAAGUUCUCAAGAAACCCAAGACCAACAAUACAUAAAAAUCAAAAUCAGCCAUCAAGACAAAACACUAAGUGUACAAACUGUGGUGGCAAAUUUUCCACAUAA